AGCUUCACAACUUCUCACAGUUUGAAUUCAGCUGUGGUUGAGGACUGGGAGCUGCUUGUUAUUGCUAAGUCCUAGUAACAAAGUCUUCUAGGAAAGAAGAUGCAAACUCUGCAUAGCAGUCAAUCUGUUAGACCUUUUAAACUGAGAAAGAGUUUUGCAACUAGACUGGAAGAAGUAGCAGGAAUUCGGGCAAAGUUCCCAACAAAAAUCCCGGUAAUUGUUGAACGGUAUCAGAAAGAAAAAUAUCUUCCUCUACUGGACAAAACAAAAUUUCUUGUUCCUCAGGAGCUGACCAUGACACAGUUUAUAACUAUCAUUAGAAGCAGAAUGGCUCUAAAUGCUACACAAGCUUUCUACCUACUGGUGAACAACAAGAGUCUGGCCAGUAUGUCUCUGACAUUGGCUGAAGUGUACAGGGACUACAAAGAUGAAGAUGGCUUUGUAUAUAUGACAUAUGCUUCCCAGGAGAUGUUUGGAUGCCUCUUGCCCACUGCCCAAGGGAAACUUAAGGAAUGCCUUCUAAAAACAUAAGGGCAUGUCUGACUGCUGCUGCUAGGCAGCUGAUUAUGCCAGUGACUUGAAGAUCAGAGAUGCUCUUUCCAGUAUGGGCUCUUAAACACUGUACUGAGGGCUAAUGGCCCAGAUGUUGGCAGGACCAACUAAUGCAGAAGUGGUGGUGCUCUAUUCCUAGAUAAGUAACUUGGAGAUAUAUAUUUUAUAUUUGAAAAGACACUAGCGGGUUUUUUGAACUGCACCUUUAGAAUCUUGUUUUGUAAUGUCAGUUUAAGUUAUGUAACUGCUUUUUAAGGGAACUCUAAAGCCUGAGCCUAAUAGAUUCAAAUAAAGAUACUUUUAAGAUUAGGUUGAAUGUCAAUAUUAAUCUGGGGGAAGUAUUAGUCUCCUAGAACAGUGUUGUGGGUACACCUGGAGCAUAGGAGCAGCAGCAGUAGUUUUAAAGAGUGACUUGAAAUAAUGGAUUGUGUGCACAUGUUCUUUAAAGAUGGUGGAGUAACUUACUUCAUGGUACACAUCACUAACAUUGAUUGUACAGCACCACAUAUUAAAACAUAGAGCAUAUUGAUACAGGUCAGUUGGCUAUUUAUGGAAAUUCCUGUUGAACUAGAUCAUGCAAUAGCUGUGCCAUCAUAGUUCAACAGGCUCAGCCCAAUAAACAGUUGACUAGACUAGCAUCUGAGUUCACAUAUCUACCUAAAAUACUAAUUACAUGUCCAAAAUAGGAUAUUAAGCAGGAAGUGCCUCUUUCAGGGAUCUCUGUGCAGCACUUUCUAAAGUUGUAACAGUAUUUGUAGCUUGGGGUUAAGCUAGUCUGCUUUUUGAACUCUGCUCAAGGCUGAGUAGGCAGUUUGCUUUGUAUCUUACAACAGCUAGGUGAGGCCUUUCAAAGGGGAGAAUAGUGUCGCUCACAUCUCCCUUUCCUCCAGGCCACAUCCCAAGCUGUAAGGAGAGUAGAAUUCUUAAGGGUGCACUGUGAAUUAGUCAAAUAAGAGUCUGCUGAAUACAACAGUGGUGUCUUGGAAUUGGGUAGAGCAGGAGAGCCCAUGUCUUUCCUUUAAAAACUAGUAACAAGGCACAAUUUUCAAAGAUGGUGCUUUAAAAUCAAUUUGACUAAAGGGAUACGAGUGAGUAUGAAUUUAGGAAACUUAGUUAAAGUCUGAAGCCCCUUUCCCCCCAUUGUGGGAGGGGGGAAUAUGGUGUAACUAUUGCCAAGGUAACUACAUUUUCCCCCUUCUCAGUUUAGAAGAGCCACAGUUCCCAUGCCACCUAAAACCUAUUGUAAUAGCCUCUUAAUCUGUAGAAACCUCAAUGCUACUUAAACAGCUAAUGUAGUGCACUACAACCACUUUGCUAUGGAACAGGCACAGGCUUGCUGGGAGAGGGUAGGAACAAAAGGACUGCAGCAGGAAUGGGAGUGUUUGAUUUCCUCUAAAUAAACAACAUUGGCAGAAGCAUCCUUGUGUAUUGAUGUACCUUUGAUCUCCAGGGGCAGUGCUGGAUGCAGGUUCAAGUCCCUUUAUAAUUAAUACUGCAGCAGGGGCCUGCUAAUUGAUAGCUCUCUCAUUAAAAGUGGUGUUCUAGCUCACAAAACAUAGGAAGUUUCAAAGAAAUCAUUGCC